AUGAAAUUUAUAAGAAUAUGUUCUGACGGAUAAGCAGUCCAAAAUUUAUCUCAAUCCGAUUUGAAAAUCGAAGAAUUCGGAGAAGGCAUAAUAAUGUCAGUUGAACUUUCUAUGAUCUUGGAAAAUCGAGAAAUUCUUGAUAAAUAUAUAGAGAGAAUUAUAAGUACAAAUAAUAUUCAGGAAUUGGAUAAGAGUAGCAAAGAGCUCUACUUCAAUUAGUUAUGUUUGAAUAAGGAAAAUCUGGCAGUAAUCGAUGAAUUUCUAAGCAAGCAAGAUCAGGAUUCAUAAGAUAAGACUUUAUUCUAGCAAGCUUUAAAGUCUGUUGAGUAUAUCAAGAAUAUGGCUGAUGGUCUUAAUUAGCUUAUUUAAAUGAAGGACUAAACCAUAAAUAAUCUUGAAUCUGAGAUAAACAAGAUUAAAGCGAGGCAAGAAGGUUUUGACAGCACUACUAUUCUUAGUCAAUUUGAUGAAAGUAUUGAUAAGCUCCAGCAGAUGGAACUUCAUGAAGCACUUUAAACUCACUACAAUGGAGAAAAAAAGAAACUGAUAGAUGUUUACUAUGAUCCCAGUAAACUCAUUAAAUGGAAAGAAACUUGUGUCAAGAGCUAUAAUGGGCUCUGCAAAAAGAUUGAUAAUAUUCUACAGCAGAUUAAAAUUUACAAGGAGCAAUACUUGCCAAUAAAUUAGCUAGCAGAAGAUAUGAUCAAAGUUGAGAAUCUAAUUCAAACAUUAAUUUAAAAAAUAAAAACUAUCUUAUCAAACGAGCCUGACUAAAAUCUUGAGAGUGCAAUCACAGACAUUAAAUAGGCAUUUUCAGCUAAUGUCAACAUUAUUUGUAUUGCAGUACAAGAAUAUGCAGUAUAUCUUGAGAGUAGAGAGCCAUUUGAUAAAGUGAUUGUAAAGACUAGUCAACUUUUAGAAAAAAACAUUAAUGACUUUCUAAGUUUAAAAAAACCUAAGGAUUUCCUAGAAUCAUACCCUUAGAUUUUGAGAGAAAUAAAUAGAAGAAAUGCAUUUAAUACCUUUCUAUUCAAACAGCUUUAAGAUAAUAAGCACAUCAAAGAACUUAAUUAAGUGAUAGAAGAGGAAAAGCUCAAGAGAAAAGAUUUUAUGUUCUAAAAUGGUGCUACAAUCCCACCUGAAUUCAUUCCAUAACUGUCUCUUAAACCAUAGGUGAUUGGAAAUCUAUUAAACUAGGAAGAGCAGAAAUUACCAAAGGUAUUUGAUUGGAUUCCAGAAAACUUUAUCUCUUCAGCCUCAGACUAUUUCUAUGCUAUUUCUAACUUUGAGUAGAUUCAUGACAAUAUACCUGAAAAACUUAAGAAAUCAGGUGAUGAUGACUCCUAGUCAUCUCUUGAAGCUAAAUCUCUAAAAAAGUCAAGCACUACCUAGUCUUUAAAGAAUACCCAAAAGUUUAGUGACUCAAAGGAAUCUCAAAACUCUUAAGAUAAUGAUGCUUCCUAUAAGAAGAAAUAUAAAGUAAUGAAAUAAAAACUAAGAGAAAAGAAUGCUAAACUUAAGAAAAGUCUAGCAUCAAGCAAUAAAACUAAUUCAGCUUUACAAGAAUAAAUGAAAGAGUUAACAUUAUUAUGUGAAAGUAAAGCUAGUUAGGACAACUAAGAUAGUGAAUUAUAAGCAGAUAAUAGCAGCUAAAGUGAAAAGGUAACUAAGCUGCAUUAGCUUAUGUCAAAGAUAUGCUAGACUCACUUCCAACUUAUUCAAGAUUUAAAGUCAUAAAAUGCAGGCAGUAAGAAAAGUUAACAGCUUGUUCAUCAGCUUCAAUAAAUGAAUUAAAAAUACUCAGAUCUUGAAUCUGAAAAUAAGAGAUUGCAGAGUGAUAUGGAAUAGUACCUCGAAAAAUAAAGAUCAAGUUCAGAUAUAACUAGAAAAGAUCACCUGAACUAUAUUGAUUAGAUCCACAAAAUAUACAAAGCAGAAUAGGAAAAACAAGAAUUGGAAAAGAAUGAUCUUAUUGCUAACUUCAAGAUUUGCCAAGAUAACUUGGAGAAGCAUAAGCAGUAAAUUAGAGUAAUUGAUGAUAAACUUCAUAAUGAAAAGCAAUAAAGAAUUGAGGCUCUCAAUGAACUCUAGUACAAGUGCAUUGAAUUAGAUAGAGCUAGGGAUGAAUUUUCUUAAAAGUUGAGGGAUUGCAAAAAAUACUAUGAAGAUAAAAUUUGUAAUCUUUAGAAGGAUUUGAUUGAGAAGGAUUCUGAAAUAGAUUUGUACACUUAGAAAGCCCAAGAGCAUUAGGGCAAGAUCAGAGACAUUCAGAAAAACUUUGAAGAGUAAACUAAAGGUUUCUAGAAAAAACUUGAGGAAAAAAAGCAAGAAUAUGAUCGUCUAAAGUAAUAAGUAGAAAGAUAGAUGAAAGAUUAUAUAGACAAAGAGAAAGAAUUCAAUAGAGUAAUUAAAGAUGGAUAGCAACUGGAGAAUCAGAAUUUUGAAAUGAAAAAUAAGGUUGAGUAGCUUCAGAAGCAAUUAGAGACAGCCAAGUGCUAAAUUUAGAAUGCCAAUAUAACUAAGGAGAAUAUUUAAAAGUAAAUGGAUGCCAAAUAAGAUGAGAUUCGCUAGCUAUAGCAAAGAGAGGCUCAGAAUGAAGUCUAAUUAUAAAAAUUAAGCUCUGAGAAUCAAAACCUGUCGCAACGAUUAAAUCAGAUUAGUUCAAAGGUGCAAGAUAUGGAUAAAGGCUUUGGUUUGAAACUUGAAUAGAUAAAAAUGGAAAAGCAAAGCCAGGUAGAUAGUUUAAAUUAAAAGCUACAGGAACAAGAAAAUGAAUUAGCCAAUAUCUUAUAAGAUAACUCAAAGCUCCUUCAAAAGAUUACUAUGCUUGAAGAGUCAAAGCCAGAACAAGAAAAGAUAUUAGUGGAAACAUUGGAUUAAGAGUUAGAAUGCGAAAUAGAAGAUCCUUAGAUUUAGCAAAGUUUAUUAAAGGCUUAGGAACUAGGAUAACAAUUAUAGCUCUUCAAAGUUCAAAGUUAAAGGGAAAAGGAAGAGUUGAUUGAAUAGUUGGAGUAGCGAGGAUAGUUAAUGCUUAAGCAAUUUAUAAGUCUUGAUAGACUAGAGCCAGGCUUGACUGUGAUAUUUAUGCCAUUCUAGCCUGGUGUUUAUAUCUGCUUGAACACUAAUUCCGAAAGUGAUAGAGAGCAAACGAUGUCUGUCUAAUCGAUGACUAACACAAAUUCAACUAGCAGACAAAUAAGCAAAAAGAACUCAGAGUGGAGGUAUAUGCUUGACUUAGAAUCCUUAGACAGAAAAGCUCAAUAAAUUUUAAAGAAUUAUGAGAUGAUAGUAGUUGGCCAGUUAAUUGACACCUACAAAGGUUAGUUUGAUUUGGGUGAAAUUGUCCAGGAUGAAAAUGAGGACGAUGUUAACUAGGAGAGCGAGUUAAUUGACAUUGAAUAUUGCAAAGUCAAAAUAAGUAAGCUUAUAGCUAUUCAGCAUAUGGAGAUUGCAACUUACAGCUACAAUGACUGA